AUGCCUCCCACACCCCUCACCUACCGCCCUCAAACCCUCAAACAAGCUAAGAAAGCCUACCGCAAAUCUGGUGCGACAGUCCGUCUCUCUGAAAGCGAAAAAGCCAUGCUCGAGCGGCGCGCAGUGUUGCAAGAGCGCGCGGACAGGAUAAAAGAGAGAGAGGCAAGACGGAAGGCGAAUUUGAAGAGAAAAGAGGAGAGGGUGCAGAGGGAGAGGGAGGCGAGGCAUAGGAUGGGCAUACCAACCCCGCCGCCGAAGGAGGGAAUACAUGUGGGGCCGAGUCAGUCACAUCUGUCGGAGUUCAUGUAUGCGGGGGUGAAGAGGAAGGGUGAGAAUGAAGUGGAGGAGGAGGAGAAGGAAUUUGACAUACAAAAGCAGGGGGGGCUGGUGGUACAAGAGCAACAGGAGCGUGCAAUGGGGCCACCAAUGUCACGGCAACCUCUACAGACUUCCUGUGCGAAUGCAAGCCCCUUGUGGAUGAUACCGUCUCAGAUGGUGAAUGUGAAUUCCCCAGAAGUGCGAGAUUUCCUUCUACAGGAAAACCAACCACCACCGAAGAGGACGUCUCUGGCUCGUAAUCCACUACAGGCCAAGUCUGCGAAUCCAAUGAUACAGCAGAAGCCAUUGGCUGAAGACAAGCACAUUAGUGGAUUGCAGACCAAGGCUGCUUAUCUGCAAAGGCCCCAGGCAUCGCCAAUGGAUCAACCACCUCUGCGUCCACCUGCCCAGGCUACAAUCACAAAAUCGACUAGUUUCAAGAAGCCGCCCCUGAUCCCCCUCCCAUCCAAGCCCGAAGCUAUCCCAGAAAACUGCUUCGACGACUUCUUCGUCAGCAACACCCAAAUCCAACGCGAGCUCUCACCUCCGCCUACCCCGCCAGCCAGAACUACACUCGGCGCCGUCUCUAUCGCACGGCCCCCUACACCACCACCACGGGCCUUGGAGCCCGCCGCCGCAGACGAAGACGCUGCAGACCUACUCGCCUUCAUAUCGACGCAAGAUCUCGAUUUCUCCGGCGAGCUCACACAAAUCGGGCCACCAGCACCACAGGAAGAGCCUCACGACGAGACCGAAGCCGACGACGAAGACUUCCCAGACGACGAGCUCGAAGACAUUGUGCUAGAAUUCGAACUCGAAUCGUCCGUCAAAUCGUCAAACGCAACGACCCCGAACGACCAAGAGCCCAAACCGGAUCUCCUGACCCAAAGCGACGGCAGCGGCAGCCAUUACGACUCCGACGAUGCUGACGAUGCUGAAUUGCAAGCAGGCCUACAAUUGGUAUUCAGGGACUACGAGAAGGAAAGACAGUGUCAAGAAGCGCAGCGAGCCGCCGAGUGUGACGCAUUCGAUUUGUCUACACAGGAUUUGAGGGAAUUGGAAUCAUGA